AUGAAAUUUACUGUCAUUGCUGUUCCAGGAAUUGUUCCUUCUGGUUCAAGUGGAAACGAAAUUCUGAAAGCUCUCGGUGGAACUGAAGGACUUCGUUCCGUUUUGAGGAAGGAAAACCCUGAACAACUUAUUUUGAGGUUUGGAGUCGAUUCGACCUGUAGUUUUAUACCCGCAAACAACUUUGAAGAUAACAUCCCUUGCAAAUUGGUUGCAAAGGCAAAGCUUUGGAAGUCAGGAAAAUGUACUAUAGAGAUUUUGGGACCGGUCGUUGACUAUUUUUCCUUUUCCCAUCCUACUGAUUUCAUUCAUUUGAGUUUUCAACCUGUUGUGGCUGGCGAGUUCGUCGGACCCAAAAUGCUCGGAGAAACACCCAGUAUCCCACCUCCUAUCUUUACUAAAGUGGACUUCGUGGAUCAGUUGUUUAAUAAAAAUAUAUUGACUGGUACAGCGACUCAGAAGAUUAAGAAAUACACCGGUGGUUCCCUGUUUAGCGCCGUUGCUCGCUUUGAAGAUAAGGAACUGCCCUCAUUUCCACUAAACAUGAUACUUCACUCACCAGGUAAUUACACUUUCACAAAUGAAUUGAUUUUAGACCCCAAUUUACUGGAACGCUUGGAAAAUUUGUUUAAUAGGAGGCCGGUGUGGCUCAGAACCGCGCUCGAUGAAUUCCUCCCGAAAGGGUACUCAAACUGGAAGAAAAGAACUUCAUUUUCAAGAAUUUGUUAUAUUUUUUCAGAUGGGCCCUGGAGAGGAUGUAUGUGUAGACUAGGGUAUGAUCCCAGGAAGGAUAGGAAUUCGAGAUUCUAUCAGACUAUCGACUUUAGAGAUCCUCACUAUCGCACGAUAUCGUGGAAGAGUGGACAACGAACACCGCACAAAGAGAACGCGAGCUCUCAGUACCCCGUAGACAGAGAUAAAACGUAUGGAGAGUUCGCCAAGGAAGUUGUUGCCCCGAAUCCAGAGAUACAUUUCCUAGUGCCCCCAACCAGGCCGUCGCAACUGUUUCAGCUCUGCGAUAUCUGCGAUGCGGGCGUGCAGAACAUCGUUCAGUGCUCCGACCCGUCGAGUGGAGUCUUGAGCAGCGAAUGUUCCAAAUCUACAGGUAAGAGAUAUAACGCGGACGUAAAUUCUUUUUAG